AUGUUGGCGUAUGGUGCAUUUGCUGAUCAGGUGGAUGAGAUUGCCCGGAUGGGGAAGUCCACUGCUUUGGAGAGUUUGAAAGCUGAAGCUAGAGGAUUUCCAGGAGUGAUUGGUAGCAUCAACUGCAUGCACUGGCAAUGGAAGAAUUGCCCAACUGCUUGGCAAGGAGAUUAUGGAAAUAGGAAAAGGCAGAAAAGUAUCAUCCUUGAAGCCGUUGCAGGAUUCGAUACAUGGGUUUGGCACGCCUUCUUCGAAGUUGCUAGAUCUCAAAAUGACUUGAACGUCCUAGGUCAAUCCCCGGUGUUCAACGAUGUUUUGAGAGGAGAAGCCUCGAAAAUCACCUAUGAAAUCAACAAUACCGUCUACCAGACUGGGUAUUAUCUAGUUAACGGCAUCUACCCGAGGUGGACAACAUUUGAGAAAUCACUUCCGCAUCCCCGAACCCAGAAGCAAAAAUUAUUUGCUGCCUAUCAAGAGGGUUACAGAAAAGAUGUGGAGAGGUGCUUUGGUAUCCUCCAAGCUCGGUGGGUGAUCAAAGGUUUCUUGUGGAACUCUUAA